AUGAUUGCAUAUCGAAAUGGUAUUUACUAGGGUACUUUACAAAAUGGAAUUAAAGAAGGAAUAGGUAUAUUCUGGUGGCCUACAGGAUGUAUAUAUAUUGGUGAAUGGUACAAAGACAUGAUUCAUGGUGAAGGGAUAAUAAUGAUCAAUGAUAAUAUAAUAAGAGGUUAAUUCAAAAAUAAUAAAUUUCAUGGUCUAUGUGUAAAUUACACGUAUAAAAUUGAUACUCUAUAGUUCUAGUCAAAGUGAAUUUUAUCGAUUUGAGUAUGGGUAAUUAAAUGGCAAAUGUUUGAAGGGAUAAACUGUUUCUUAUUAUAGGAGAGGAGAUUUGAUAUAAAUUGAAACAAAUUUAGAAUCAGUUGAUGUAUUGUUAGGUAACUUAAGAAUUGAAGAUUAGAUGAAUUUUAAAAUAGAUUAUUAGAUUUAGAGGAAAUUUUAGAUAGGAAUUAAUGUAAUUCUAUAGGAAUUACAGAAACAUAUCUUGGUAAAAUGAAAAGAGGGAAAUAGGUAGGUUUAGGUAUAGAGAAUAUGUUUACUACAGAAAAGAGGAUUGGAAUUUUUAAUGAUUAAAAUCUAACAAAUAUCGGUUAAAUUUGGAUGAAUGGUGAUAUUUAUACUGGAAGUUUCAAGGAAAAUAAAUAUGAGGGUUUGGGUUGUUAUUUUAUUAGUGUAAAUUUAAUAAUUAUCUUAUAGGGUGAAAUGAAGAUGAUUUAAGGGAUAUUUAAAAAUGGAAAAUGUGUUGAAAUAAAAAAAAAAUAAUAAGGAGAUAUAGAAAUAUAUAAAAUAUUGGCUGAAUAAACAUUUUAAGCAAUUUAAUCCAAUGUAAUUUAAUAAAGAGUCCCUAUUCCUUAUUUGUAAUAAUGCUAAUUUGAAAUAUUAAAUACUUUGACGUAAAAUAGUAUUUCUUAGAUUCCGUAGCAAAUUUAAGAGAGGGAUGAUAAAGAUUAAACCAUUUUGGAAGUAGAACUUAAUAUAUAAAAAGAAAUUGAAAAAAUCUAAAAGUAAUUAAUUUUAAUUAUUUAUAAGUGAUUAAAAAACUAUAGAGGCUAAAAAAAUAUUAUAUGAUGUUGUAAAUAAAUAUUAGGAAAAUGAAAAUUAGAUCUUUUUAUAAUAAAUUGAUUAACUUUAAACAUUUAGAAACAAUCCGUCAAUGUUAGAUAAGGAGAUAGAAAAUAUUUAAGAACAGAAUCAGAAGAGUAAAUUUGUAUCUUCCCAUUCACAAUAGACAGAAUAUUUUCAUAUAAAUGAUUCUAAAUAAUAGUCUGGUCAUAGUUGUAAGAGAAUACCAUUACAAACAAUAAAGAAUUAGAGUAAUGAAAUUUCAGAGACUAAGAAAUCUAUUAGAGUAAUUACAAUAAGUGCUAAAUCAGAACCAUAUUCACAAGUAUUAAGCUCUAGAAAAUAAGUAAAUCAAUGA